AUGCCUUCUGCCUGGAAACGCUGGUGGCGCAACAACCUCAACAAAUUGAAGAAGAAGAACAAGAACCGACCGAUCUUCGACCGAGAUUUUAAUGACGACCAGCGUGGCCUCCGACCGACGCAGCAAAGACCAUACACACACUCGAGCGUAGGCGGCCCUCCGCUACCACCAGGUUCGACCCACGUUGCAAGAGAUCCCUUUGAUCGAUUCGGACACUCGCAUCCUGCGCCUCGUCACAAUCGAGCUGCAUCGUACAGUCGUGUGGGACGACCGAGAACGUCGUACAGCAGCGACAGUUCUGAUUCUUUUCGGACUGCGCCACAACAAGACUUCAAGUGUUGA